AUGGUGGACUACCUUGUGGAAAUCAGUAGCAAGAGUUAUGGCCUAAUGAAGGAAGAGUUUUUCAGCAUCUUUGAAGCCAUCGAUCAAAAGCUAGAAGAACCAACUACAGAGAUUGAAACCCAAGAGGAUAGUGAUGAUGAAGGGGAAGAUCUAAUGGAAUCAGAUGGAGAAGAAGAGAGCGAGUCUGAGACAGAAGAAGAUCGUGCGUUUAUUGAUGAUGAAGUGGCGGAAGAUCAAGGAGCCUCGUUUUACCGGCCUUUCGACCGUGAACGUGCAGGGGAGGAAGUAGAAGAAUAUUUGGAUACUGUCGAAAAACCAAAAGUGACCAACCCAGAACCUUACAAGAAAAAAGAGCACCCGUUGAAGAAACUAAGAGAUAGACUCGAAGAAUACUUGAGAGAGCUUCCUGUCCUUGGCUCUAAUUCUGGUAAAUAUGAUUUGAACGCUGUCAAAGAAUUCCUCUUUCCUGUCCUGGUCCAGAAUGAACAAGUUCAGUUCACCAUUAAGCACAACAACAACAUCAUGUGCCUAAAGACGAAAAACCUUCGCUUCCUCGAUUUUACCAACUUCCUCGCCAGGCUUCAGUUACGAUAA